UAUACAUCACAAGAUGGAUUAGUUUAACAAACAUCAAUUUCUACAAUGUACAUUUUCCCAACCCAAAUCACACUUUCAUUUUAAUUACAUUAUAUAGUUCAUUUCAACACUUCAACUCAAUUCACAAUCACAUUCAUAUUCAUUCUAACACAAAAAACUCAUAAGAUGGGAAACCAUGUCUCAUUUCGUCCUUCGGAUUCAACCGGUAAAGUUAUUUUCUUAGAUGGUUCGGUUCAUGAAUUCGACGAACAAAUAACAGUUGCGGAGUUAAUGAUGGAUCAUCCACAAAAAGUAGUAGUUGAGUUUCAAUCAGCUGUAAAUCAGAAAAGACCAACACCAUUGCCAGCUGAUAAGAAGCUAGAAAUGAAAAAGAUUUAUCUUAUGCUUCCUGUGAAGCAAGGGAAGCCUAUAGGUUUAAGUAGCCAAGAAACGCGUCGCGUUCUUUUGAUGGUUAAUUCUGUUUUGAAUUCUAAUUAUGUUUUGUGUUCUUCUAAGUUUCUUCCUUGGUUUAGUAGUUUGUGUCAUAGUAGUGGAAUUGUGGAGCCUCAGAGAAAGGAAGAUGUGGAGGAGGAGGAGAAGAAGGGAGAGGGAAGCAGUUUUUCGGAGAAUUUGCCGGAUAUUUUGGAAGGGAGGCCUGAGUUUUUGAAUAGGCAGAUUUCAAGAAAAGGGUCAUGGAAGCCUAGUUUGGAUACUAUUAAGGAGAAGAUUAUUGAGAAAAAACAUAGUCAUUGGUUGUUUCUCAAGAGUUCAAGUGGUAGUAAUUUUAGUUUUGAUUAGUAUAAUUAAUUAUGCCUCUUGUUUAAUUUCAUGUGUAUGUGGGGUAUUUAAUCUUACUAUGUGUAAAAAUGUUAAUGAGUAUAUAUAUGCCUCUUGUUUAAUUGUA